AUGUCUGCUGAGAACAAGAACACCACAAGGAUGACCAAUGGUGUGGGCAACCAGCCUAACGGAGAUGCGAACCACGGGGCAGACAGGAGCAACGCUGGUAUCGCAGGCCCCAACGGGUCAUCCGCUGCAGAUGAGCCGUAUUUUGCUCACACGCGGAUGCAUGACCGGUCUGCGCACGUAUCCCGCCUGUCAAGUCAAAUCAAUAGGACGGAUGAGAUUUUGAAAACAUGA